GGUCAUCCGUGUGGAGGACAGGAAGAAGAAGUGAGCUCGGAGGAAGUGAACCGCUCUGGUGUUGACACUUUCUCUGCUUUAAUUCAAAGGGAUCCGUUUGUGUUCACACCAACAUGAGCAGCGGGGUGAGCCGGACGGUCCUGCGGAGGCUGCACUCCGCCUCCCCGGGCAGCUGGAGCCGGAUCAGGCCGUCCUGCUGCAGACUUCAGCAUGCCGGGUUCAGGUUCAUGUCAGGCCGGGGAGCCAUGAAUGUGUUCAACAGGGAGAUGAAGAAGAGGCAGAAGAACUGGGCAGCUUCUCUUCAAAACGGACAUCACUACGACUACCUGAGGGACGAGGUCGGCAGCAGGGUGGCUGAUCGUGUCUAUGACAUCGCCAGGACGUUCCCUCUGGCUCUGGACAUCGGCGGGGGGAAAAGUCACAUUGCAGAACAUUUGAACAAGGAGGUCGUAGAGCGUUUGUUCCUCACAGACAUCUCUGAAAGAUCUCUGAAACAGACGAGACAGACUGAGAUCCCAACUCGCUGCGUUCUGGCUGAUGAAGAGUUUCUGCCCUUUAAAGAAAACACGUUCGACCUGGUGGUGAGCAGCCUCAGUCUUCACUGGAUAAACGACCUGCCAGGAGCUCUCAAACAGAUCCAGCAGGUGCUGAAGCCUGACGGGGUGUUCAUCGGGGCGAUGGUCGGCGGGGAGACCCUGUACGAGCUGCGUUGCGCCCUCCAGCUGGCCGAGACGGAGAGGGAGGGAGGGUUCUCCCCCCACGUCUCCCCCUACACCGCCGUCACCGACCUGGGUAACCUGCUGGGCCAGGCCGGCUUCACCAUGCUCACUGUGGACAUUGAUGAAGUUCAGGUUCACUAUCCAGGAAUCAUUGAAGUCAUGACGGAUUUACAAGGUAUGGGCGAGAGUAACUGUGCGUGGAACAGGAGACCGCUGCUGCACAGAGACACCGUUUUAGCCGCCGCCGCUGUUUAUAAAGAGAUGUACGGUGACGAGGACGGGUCCAUCCCCGCCACCUUUGAGAUCCUCUACAUGAUUGGCUGGAAGCCUCACGAGUCACAGAGCAAACCAGCGAAGCGCGGCUCGGCCACCGCGUCGUUUGGAGAUUUAUCGAAGAUCGGACAGACGAGCAACGCGAAGAAGUCGUAGAAUCACCUGAGGCCGUAAAACAGCUGACUGACUUCAGAGUGUACAUGCUAUAUUUUAUUUAAACUAGCUCGUGUUGAACUGUUGAUGUGUGGAAUAAAGUUAUGUGAAACAGCAAA